CUUUGAGCCAAUUCGAUAAACUCACCAAGCCACUUGCAGUGUAUUCGUUACAAUUACAAUGUUGCCACACACUCUAAUUUCUCUUCUGGGCUUUGCCUCUUUGGCACUUACUCAAUUGGCCAAUAUAAAUUUCUAUAAUACCGAUGAUGUCUGUCGAUCGGGUCUCUUCGAUGGUUGCGUAAACUUGCCCCCGAAUGUAUGCUGUUUUUUGCAACCGAACCAGCUUGCAACCUGCAUGGACUUCGCAUCGUCCAAUAAUCGAGGCAUUGCUACUGCUUUCUCAAGUCAAUCCGGCAAUCAGUGUGCUAUAGUCAUUGAGCAACUGCAAAGUGGGGUUUGUGUCUGUCCUACUGGAACGCCAAUCAUCUCGGGCGGCAGCUGGAGGACCACCUCGAUUAGAAAGCGAGAUAAUGAUGAGGAGGAGCCUUGUGAGGAGAAAAUGGAAACUAAUGUUUUUGGAUGGAGUGAGAAUGAUUCAACUUGGACGGUACACAAAGACGAUGAUGCCACCUAUACCAAUGUUGCUCAAGCUAUUGCAAACGGUACCAGCAAGAGCGAUAUUGGCAAAUAUAUCAAGCAACAUGGACAGAAGGCUUAACUAGCUAGCCGUUAUUCCAUCUCAUGGUCUUAUGGAGCAUAGCUGAUAUAAUAUGCAGAUGACACAGAGUGGAAUGUAGAGUAUUUGCGAAUAUGUGUCAGAUUGCUACGCAAAGGGGAUGGUUACGAAUCACUUUCACUGCUUAACAGGACAGUACGGUUAUGAAGAUAUAUGCUCCAGCUAUAUUCAUUCAUUUGAAAAGCUAUAUAGCCAGUCGUUUCUCGAUAUACUAUAGUAUCAGUUAUAACAAAUACAACAUCUAGCUAGCUACG